AUGUUCAACCAUCCCUUAAUUGCAAAACUUGAAAAGUACAAUUGUAUCUUGGGAUCUCAAUCUCCUCGAAGAAAGGAGAUAUUAGAAAAUAAUUUAGGAAUCAAGAACUUCACAACCAAAGCGUCGUCAUUUGAGGAGAAUUUGGCAAAAGAUGACAAAACCCCUUUGGAAUAUGUCCAACUUACAAGUCAGCAUAAAGGAGAAGCGAUUAUCAAGCAGUCUAAAUUUGAUUCACCUACUAUAAUACUCACAUGUGAUACCAUCAUUAGUUGUAAUGGGGAAGUUUUCGAAAAGCCAAUGACCAAAGAAAGACAACGUGAAUUCUUUGAAUAUUUCAGUCGAUACCCGGAGUUAGAAGUGAUUUCAGCAUUGACAGUAUUCAAAGUGGGAAAGACAACAGAAGUGUUUACAGAUCAUUCCAUUUCAAAAUUAAAAUUCAAGGGGGACAAAUAUAUUAAUGAUGCAUAUAUUGAGAGCAAAGAAGGGUUAGAAGUUGCCGGUGGCUUUAAAUAUCAAGGGUUGGGAUGUUUAUUGUUUGAUUCAAUGGAAGGAGAUUACUUCAAUGUAGUUGGAUUACCGGUUAAGGUGUUUAGUCUACUAGAAAAGGCAGUGUAA